AUGGUGUCAGAAUCCGAGAUGGAGAGAGCCCUGGAGAGAGCCGACAGGGCGGAGGCGCUCGCCAACCACUAUCGCGAAGCUUUCAUCCAAGUCAAGGUAGAAUUCAAGCGUCUCGGAGAUCUGAUCAAUUAUCUUGAACAGCAGGCUCCUGAGCCUAACGGAGAGCCCCAUCCCGACCACAGGACGCCAGACCAACGACUCAGCCGACCUCCGGCCAGGAUUCCCGAUGUCAGCCAGAGCUCGGUCGCCGACUUGACAAUGUAUCUGCUAGAUGAGCUCCAUGACCUGAACAGCCAGAGAUUCGGGUGGAUUCAACAUCGUCACAGGGAGUUCCGCGAGUGGACCGAACGACGAGGGAUCUGGAACCAAACAGCGAACACAAUCAUUCGGACACUCAAAGAAGAAGGCCGGACAGUAGAUGCAGAUCGCCUGGCCGUGAGGCUCCUCUCACACAACGAUGUCAGCAGGCCAGGGUGGGAGACAAGCACAGCGACGGCCAACAACACUGCUGCAAGAUCGAACAGCCAGAUGUCCGAGCUCGAAAGGAACGCAGAGUCGGCAUCAGAUAGUGAUACCAAUAUGGGGUCAAAUGGAGAAAUCGAUACGGAGUCGGAGACCAAAUCCAGCGCUGACAGCUCUGGCGACGAGUUGGCAGCUUCCGUGGAGGAGGAAAACCGGCCACGAAGCGCGAACAUUCAAACACCCACCAGAAUAAGUCUCAGAACGAAAAAGGUCGCUUAUAAGAAGAUGCGACAGCAAGCCUUGAGACGCUCGAAACCAAUCUCGACCCCGAUCAGUGCUGCACCGAAGCGCCGUCGACAGUCAGAGAACAAACCGAUACCAGACCUUCCCUCCCCGCCGCAGUCGACACCGCCGACAGCAGACAGGCCGGCAAAGAAGCGGAAGACCUACCACGAUAAAGGCCAGGAUCGUUCCGAGCCUCGAGACUGGGUUGAGGAAGGCUGCGACGACGAACACGACCCGCUCCGCCCGCCCAGGUUCUGGGACAACCUUUCGCACGUCCCUUUAGUGCUAGGGGCAUUGGAGGAGCUCGAUCGGAGGAAUAAUCAGGUUGCUGCUGUCUCAAGACAAGAGAAACCGGUGCCGAUCGAUUGCAGCCUGCCCCGAUACGCCAGGUUCGGCGGCCCGGACCUUUCCGACCUCCGCGGCUUCGAGCAAGAGGAGGAGGAAGGGGAGGAAGAGGGGGAAGAGGGGGAAGAGGAGAUGCCUCGAGACCAACGAGGCGGCGGGUCAGCUCGGGAAGUCAGAGGCGGUAUCAACAAGCAGCGGCGCAGCACGAGAGGAGGACGAUUAACUGCUUCAGACCAGAGGACAAAGUCUAGCAGCCCAUAUGACCCGGCGUUCCAACAACACCUCACAGACCAUCGAGUCUGGCCGAUGCACUACUGGUAUGAGGAUGGCGGAGAGCCACCACCCCCGGACAACUUUCAAGAUAUUUCUACGCAUGUUCACGGAAAUUCACGAGCUUCCCUCGAACCGGAGACGUUUACCGCUGAAGACUUCGGCCGCUUCAAUAAGGCAUAUCAUAUGACUACGGCAGAGGAGCCUCGGUCGAGAACACUGGAUCUCGUUGAAGGCGUGCUGUCUGUCAACACAAAACAGGUCAAGCGGGGGCCUGUGAAGAUGAGCCGGCUAUAUCCACUGACGCCCGACCAACUGCGUCAGCAGUCUGCGUCUCGGCACUCUGAAGAUGGCGUCGAGUACAUCACAAGCAAGGUUGGUUCUUGGUUCCUCGAUGAAUCGCUGGAGGAUCUGCGCAAGGCGGCAGGAGCCUUUCGCAAUGGUUUGGAGUGGGCACAGAAGCAACUCGACGAGGCCAUCGACCGGGCUAAUCGAAGAUUGGACGCAAGGCAAGCGGACGAGUCGUCUUCCGACGAGUACAAUCCUGAUGCUGAUGAUGCCGCCAACAACAGUCUCUCUGACGACAACGCCUCUGACGAGGUUGCCUCUGAUGAAGACCGAGCCGGCCCGGCACCGCUCCCAGACACCCCCAACGUCCAAGAUGCUCCCGGAGAGUUGGAUUCCGAUGAGGAGCUCCUCUAUGACGGGAAUGUGGCGCCUCCUGAAUUCUACCGGCAGAACAUCCGGAACAUCAAUGUUGACGACUUCAAGCGCAGACACUACGCAAAGGGAACACUGAAAAUGAUUGAGAAUGCGCAGAACUACUGGCAGUCGUACGUGUAA